UUACAAUAGUUCGGUUUCGGUUCGGUUUCGUUCGGUUUCGGUUCGGGUUUACCGAACCGGAUGCCCACCCCUACGAGAAGGCGACCCUCCCUCCUCUGCUCGACGACCGGAGACCCUGCCUCCUCUGCUCGACGGCCGGCGGUCCUCCCUCCUCUGUUCGACGACCGGCGAUCGUCUCCGGCACCGGCUCAAGAAGAAAACGACCGGCGACCAGGGCACGCCUCAAGAAGAAACCUCCUCUGCUCCGCCUCUAUUCCGCCGCUGCUCUGCCACUCUUCUCCGCCGCGUCUCCCUAGUCCCUCCCCUGCUCAAGAAGAACACGGCGGCAGCAGGUAUGGCUAUCCAAACUUGCUCACCGAUUCUUCUGAAAUGGUUAUCAUUGUAACGAUCAAUCGCCGGGACAGCUGGGUUUGGGGCUUCUUUUGAGUUUGUGGGCUUGUCUGGCUCCAUUUAAAUGUUUACGGAAAAAUUCCACAGUCAGGUAGCUAGACUCCAUGUCCACAAGUCGAAGAACUGUUUUUCUGCUAUCAUCACGGAAUCUUUCCAAGGAUUCAUUAGCAGCAGCAAUGUCAGAUUGGAGUUAAUCAACUUUAGGUCAUACG